AUGCCUCCGAACUCGUCACCUGAUACUCCUCUCAGUCCGAUAGACUUCCCGCAGUCACCUUCCGAUUCCCCUGGGCAAACCGAUAGCGCACACGAUGACAACGUGAACUUCCUGCGAUCGCGACCAGCCCUGUUCAACCCUUUACUACCCUCUUUAAGUCGACACCGUCGUCGUCGCUACCCCCCAAAUCCACCAUCCGAAACCUUAGAUCGCAUGGAGGUAGACGACCCCCCUAGCAACCAACGCGCAUCCGUUGAGAUCAACCGUCGCAUCCCUAUCGUCCGCCGCCACGGAGAAACACCAGCCGAAAUGCCAAACUACGAGGGUCGCAUGGCAAAUCCACGGUCGUUGUAUGGCUGGGCGCCAGGGUCUGACGACGAGGAUGGUCCCGGUCGCGGCGACGAAGACUCAGACGACGACCAAGUGCAGCCGUUCCUCAACGCCAUCUCACCCCGCGGCUCGGCCCCAUCGCGACCUUUGCGACACGAGACUUCAGGUCCGCCACCGCUGCUAGGAUUAGGACCUGAACCCGAUGCCUUGCCCGCCCGCCCUCGAUCUAGGCAACCGCCAAUCUCUGCAAUGGCAGCGCUGCUACAGUCCGCAAGACGCCAGCCCCGGCUUUCAAGAACUCGCACUCUCGAAAAUUACCUACUCGAACGCUACUCGGAUCAAAGUCAGGAAUCAGAAGACGCCGAUCACACGGUGGCGUCUGCAUCUCGCGCUUACCGCUAUCGUCCUUCCAACCGCUCUGACUCACAUAACACCCUCACUCAUAACGACCUGCGCGCUCGCGCUGCUGCCCAUCGCCAGUUACAUUCGGACAGCUUGUCGAGCAAUGUUUUGAAAGAAACGAUCAACUACCUCGAUCGCCUCCGGUACUCGACCUCUCUCGAAGAGAGCAUGCUCGCGGCCGCUGACAGCCGAUUACCCUUUGACAUGGACAACAAGUCGUGGACAGAUACCGACUUCAUUCUCUAUACCCCCAAUAUUGCGCCUCCGCCGGAGUGUUCAUGGCUUCGGUCCGGUAUGACCUUUUCGGGCUGUCAACGAGCUGCGAGCGCCGGGUGUUCCGUGUUGCCGCAACGAGUUCCCAGUCCGCACGCCCCUGGUGAACCGGUUAUUGUGAAUGGCAGUGACAGCGCUCGGAUCAGCGUAUCAACCACAGGUGGUCGCCGGUAUUUGGCCAACAACCGCGAUGAGAACUGGCCUGUCAAGGUCACCAUCCAUGACAUCAACCACGAUGACAUGACAUUGUCCGGAACUAUGGAGGCAUAUAACAUUCCUGAUAAAACAUCGCCUACGCACGAUGCACAUAUUGUGACGUUUUUGGAGGGAGAAAUCAUCGACUUUAACAAACACACUCUGGAGACCAAGAACUUCAAGGCAGAUGCAGAUAUUGACAGUACUUAUUGGCGCGAACUUCAGCCAUUCAAGGAACUCACAGAUGGCGAGAUGGCUCAGAAGCUCGUGAGCCGAAAGUGGAUCACAGAGGAAUUGUCCACGGGUUGGAUCUUAAUGCGAUGGAAGGAACGAUGCUUCGUCACCCCCACCGACGCCCGACAAGGUCUGACAAUUUCUGGAUUCUACUACAUCUCCCUUCGCCGUGAGGAUGGGCAUAUCGAGGGCUUAUACUAUGACCCUGGAAGCUCGCCUUACCAACAGCUAUCCCUGAAGCCGCAAACGCCCAAAAUGAUGCGUCCUUCUUAUGGAUUCCGCUAA